GUGAACUAGCGCAGCCAACCCCACCACGCCGCCACCCCUCUCUACUUUGAUUUUUUGUCGCCGACAGAGUCUGAAUUUGCUCCUCUCUACCAGACUCCUUCCGCGAAUAACCCACCAUCCCUCCUAUCUUCUUCCUCAGGUCCCACUGACAAAACCGCCGUCAUGAUUAUCUACAAGGACAUCAUCACCGGCGACGAGAUCCUCUCGUCGGCGUACGAUCCCGAGCUCGUCGACGACAUCAUGUACAGGGCCGAAUGUGGAUACAUCACGGAGGGUAGCGUCAGCGUCAACACUGGUGCCAACGCUUCCGCCGAGGAGGCCGAGGAAGCCCUGGACGAUGGCGCCGCCAGAGUGAUGGACGUUGUGAAUUCUUUCCGUCUCGAGAAGACCGAGUUCGACAAGAAGAGCUACCUCACUUCCCUCAAGGCCUACAUGAAGAGUGUCAAGGCCGCUCUUCAGGAGAAGGGCGCUUCCCCUGAGGAAGUCACCGCCUUCGAGAAGGGUGCUCAGGCUUACGUCAAGAACACCCUCCUCAAGUUGGACUUCUCCAACCUGGAUUUCUACACUGGCGAGUCCAUGAACCCUGAUGGAAUGGUUGUUAUCAUCGAAUGGUAUGAUGACGGUGCCAAGUCUCGGCUCCUCGUCUGGAAGCACGGUGUCUCAGAAAUGAAGGUUUAAGCAGCAUGAUGUGUUGUCUGGGCCUAGACCCAGGAUGAUUCACGAGCCAGUUAUUUAGAAGGAAGAUGAAAUGACUAAGCACAUGACUGCGUUCGAAGCGCUUGCUACAUGCUCCCGGUUACAUAGCUAUGAACGAAACCCAAAAAGUUGUGGAGUCUAUAUACCGUCAGGAUGUCGCAAAGAGCCUUGUGAAUC